UUCUUGAAAGAGAUAUUCGUUAGUCCAAGUCCAUCUAUGCUUGGAGGCUCCAGUCUCCUAUCAACUUCCAUUUUGUUUUCCUUCUCUUAUUUCCGAAAACAUCUAAUCAUUUCUAUCAAAACUUUUGGACCUGUAGGAGGCUGUACGAUUAGAUUUUUUAAUAUUUCGAUCUGUUCUAGUAAAUUAUAUACCAAAAAUUCUUUCACAUUAUGAUCUGUAGACUUUAAAACUCCAAAAGCAAUUAAAAAGCAGACAAAUAAACCAAAAAAGAAAAAACUAAAAAAGAAAAACUAAAAAAGAAAACACAAAUAAAAGCUGAGGAAGAGAAGAAUGUGCAAUCGAACACGUUGGGGGCGCAUCGAUCCCAGUGUUCAGAUCGAUCUGGUGCAUGGCCCCACUGAUCGUGUGCUCCAGCUGGACCAUCGAACGUUGCCGGGCUAUGUGGAGCAGCAGCUGCUGUUGAUGGCAUCGCCCUUGCCGUUUCUCAAUUUCCUGAACAAGUUUCGCCUGGACGAGAUUCUGAUUAACCAUCAGCUGAAGGGCGUCUACACAAUGCGCACCGCGGCAACGGUCACCGAGGUGGCAACGCAUGCCUGGCGCAUCAUGACCACGGCUGAUCGUAUGCCGUACAUUCAGCUGGCCCGCAAGGCGGAGCACAUACAGCAGGCGCGCGUCCUCCACUUUUUGGGCAAAGAUUGCCGACGACGCACGAAGCCAUAGCUCCAAUGUUUUUCCAUGUGCCAGCGUAAUACGUUCGAUAUGUUUCUCUCUUGAUAAAAAAAAAAAACAGAACAAACAGAUAAACAGAACAAAUGUAUAAACUG